CAACGGUGGUAAAUAUGGCGCUGCCCAGAGUUGUCAUCAUCGCGUCGUCUGUUAGUUGAUAUGUAAAUAUAAUUUUAAUGCGUUUGCGUUGUCGUUGAUUUUAAGAAACUGCGAAACAGCGCUGGCUCAGAAAUAGUAUUUAUUUUCUAUGGUUGACUUAAAAAAUUAACGAGAGAUUAAAAACCGCGUGAGCAGCGCCAUGUCUGGGUCAUCUGUCUGGAGUCGCAGCAGAGAGAAAAUGAGACUUUUCCCUGAACUUUUUGCACAAUGUGCGGACGAGGCAGCACUGUAUGGAAAGUGUGUAGCAGCUACCACGACAGGCAGGCAGGAGCUGAAGAAGGAUCUGUGCGCCAAAGAGUUUGAAGCACUGAAGGUCUGCUUUACAAAUGCAGCCAAAAAAAGAGCCAAAUGA